AUGUCAAACCUUACAAAGCUUGAAUUAACGGCACUUGAUGUAUCUGGAAAAAAUUAUCUGUCAUGGAUACUAAAUGCUAAAAUACAUCUGCAAGCCUCUGGUCAUGAGGACACUAUUAAAGAGGGAAAUAAUGCCUCUACUCAAGAUCGUGCAAAAGCAAUGAUCUUCCUUCGCCAUCAUCUUGAUGAAGGAUUAAAAAAUGAAUAUCUCAGUGAAGAUAAUCCACUUGUUCUCUGGAAUAGUUUAAAAGAACGCUUCGACCAUCAGAAGACUGUAAUUCUUCCAAAAGCUCGUUAUGACUGGAUGCAUUUAAGAUUGCAGGAUUUUAAAAGUGUUAGUGAAUACAAUUCUGCAAUAUUCCGAAUUAGCUCAAAGCUAAAAUUGUGUGGAGAAACAAUUACUGAUGAAGAUUUAUUAGAAAAAACAUUCUCCACUUUUCAUGCAUCUAAUGUGGUACUCCAGCAGCAGUAUCGUGAGAAAGGGUUUAAGAAAUAUUCAGAGCUGAUUUCUUGCCUUCUAGUGGCUGAGCAGAAUAACGAGCUGUUAAUGAAAAAUCAUGCGGCACGACCCACUGGUUCUGCUCCAUUUCCUGAAGUAAAUGCGAGCGCAUAUAGAUCUCCUCGUGGUCGUGGCCGUGGUCGUGGUCGUGGUCAUGGUUAUGGUCGAGGUGGAAAUAAUUACAACCAUGUCGGUUAUAAUAACUCCUUUAAGCAUAAGAAUCACCACCAGAAGUGGGAUAAGAAGGAGGAGAAACAAGAAAACAGAAACAGUGGACAAUACAAACAUCAAGUGAAAAAUGUCGAUAGUAAAUGUUAUCGAUGUGGCAUGACUGGGCAUUGGUCGCGUACCUGUCGUACGCCCAAACAUCUUGUUGAGCUUUACCAAGCUUCCCUCAAGGAAAAUGGAAAGAAUAUAGAAACAAAUUUUGUUGCUGAUGAUGAUUUUGACCACAGUCUAAUGCAUAAUGACUCUAUAGACAUGACACAUUUAGAUGUUUCUAAUUUUCUUGAGAACAAUAAUAAUGAAAACUAA